CUCAACAAACCACAUUUUGUCCAUGGUAGAUUCCAUGGCCUACACCCUCGCUUCCCGCUCUACACCCUCUCGAAGUGUUCACUUCAUCCCUCUCUCGACACUCUAGCACACCACCUAACCAGUCUCCUUUCUCCCACCCGCUUCCACAAAUCCCAACCGUACGGAGCCGAUCACCGCAUUGCGUCACAAGCCGAUCAACACGCACCCAGUUUCCCAUCGUAUGCGGAAAUCGAGAUCGAAAGCGAUUGUAAACCCCCUCGACUCUUAGUUCAGGGUGCUCCUCUGGUCUCGCAACUACACUUUCCUCCUCCCUCUCCUCCCUCCCCCGAUUUCUGGUUCGAUCCCACCAGAAAUGCCGCUCGAAAUGGCAUCUUGUCCGGUGCCCGAAGUCCUACAACUCGACGCACUGAAGAUGCACCAGAUCGAUCCUGCCAACGCCAUCAGUCUAAAAGCAAUGUGGACAAUGUUUAACAAGUGUUCGGAGACCAUCAAAGAAGGCCACAGAUAUGAGAACAUGAGCUGGCGGGUAUGGUCUCGCGAGUCCCUGUGUGUAACGCCAGUCGAUUCGCCGCCCACCGUAUCACGGGCGCCCUCGUUAUCCCACUCCUUCUCUUCAGACGACAGCUUGAACGAGAAGCCGCUCUCGACCCGAUCGAGAUCCUUUGGACAAGAUGAAUGCGCUAGUUCCCUCUCGAAAUCACGCCACUUGACUCCCGAUGCACUUGAAAAGAUCAUGGUAACGAUAAAAGAGAAGACGGCCCUGUGCCCCUUGUCCCCUUCCAUACAAGCCAGUGUCCCUGCGCUACCCGAGCCCUCUUCAAUACCGAAAGUUGAACAACAAGACGAGUCCAGACCUAUGCACGAUUCGACGGAGUCGUGUUUGUCCGCCACGACAACCGCCACGAGGAGUACGAUGGCUCGCCAGAGCGAACAUCGUGAUUCCGACACUUCGGUCUCCUCGGAUGGCUUGAUACGUUCUGGGUCGGUGGUCCAUGGUUUCUCUCCAGCCACCUCGUCCUUCCGACAGCGCAAAACCAGCAUUGGGAUGCAUCCAGUGCCUUCGUCCAAGCUGAAUACAAAAGCCCCUCCCCCAAUCAAGGCCGGCAUUUUCACGCUCGGCGGAUCGUCGGAGGAUGAUGAGUCGUCCUUUGAGCAGAGAGUGCUUUCACACAAGGCACCCCCACCAAGGAGCUCGCUGUCCCAAAGUCUAAGUAAAACAACCUUGCAAGGUUCCCAGUCGAAACUGCAGCCAAAGAGAACGUCGUUUAAAGAUGUGGUUGCGGAAAGAAGAAUACAAGAAGAUGCGGAGAACGACGAGGGCGCCAUCGAGAGUAGUGAUGAGGAAGACGACACUGACGAAGUCAUUGAGUCGGCCAUCGACGAGGACGAGGAAGAAGAUGGCGACGAGUGGGAAGAUUCCAAUUCAGACGACGGAAAUGGAAGAGUCGCCCAAGAACCUCAUCUUUUCCGACGGGUCGACAGUCGUCCUGACUUGGUAUCUCGACGAUCAAUGCUGACCCUAGCUCUCAACAAGUCACAGACUGGACUUAACCACGCAUACUCACAACCUGCACUCCAUCGGGCUCGCGCUCCAUCUACACAGGCAGAGACAAUGGGCGUCUCUCCGGAUGAAGAUGAUGGUAUGAUGAUGCAGAGCUCAGGUCGACGACCGAUAAAGAUACCACCUCCUAAUCCAACGGCGAAAUCUGUGGCGCAUUCCCCUCGGACUACCAGGAGAAAUAUGUUGUCAACAGAGCUGACAGAAUCUCUACGCAAAAAUCUACUCUGGGAAAGACAACAAAAAUCCCAAACUGCCAACGCCUUCCUCAAGCGACGAACCGCUCAGAGCAUGGCCAACCUUCAAUCUCAUACCAUGCCACAAACAGGGCCCCCACGAGCCCCUCCACUAGGAGCCCUACAGGAAACUUCCAAGAACAACUCUUGGAAUCACUACUUUGACAAUCCUUGGGAAUAUCACGCCAAGGGCUGGUAGAUUCCAAAACGACGUUUAUGUUUUUUUGUUUUUGAAUGGUUUGUUUUUGUCUUGCGUUCUUAGCGACUUUGAUGUUAUGUAUGUGUUCAUGACCUUGAUACCUAGUUUAUCAAUGGACGACAAAGGGGGGUAAAUUGGAAAAAAAGAAACGUGGAUGGUGAGGCCACGCCCCAUCCCUCGGUUCCAAUCCAGGCACACAUGUCUCGGGAUUCUCUUGCGAAAGGGUGUUUUCUCGGGGAUUGGUCCAAAAGUGAGAAGAGAAAGAUCUAUGAAUCAUGCCCAACGAGGUCACUUUACCCUGCAUCGUAUGCUGUCUAUCUCCCCCGGAGCAAUCCGAAGGGGAGAGAUGGAAACGUUGUCACGUUUUUCGUUUUUGUUGUUUUGCAUCGUAUGAUGUGGAACACCCAAACCAUGUACUAUAUAUCACGAUAUGUCAUUACGGGAAGCACCCUCUGACCUAAUGCUGAAAGCAUAACAAUAGCUUUUGUGUAUCAAUAGUAUUGAAAUCUACAAAGUAUUUGCA